UUCUGGUAAGGUACGCCCAGGUGCGUUGAGAACAUAUUGGGAAAAAUAUACAGUCCACACAUUGCUAAAUUGGGCACACGUUGUGUCCGCAUGAUGUGGGAAGACAUUCGAUGCAGUUAAUGUUUCGAGGGGGAAGCAAAUGAUGAGAACUCAGAACAAGUUGUUUACGCCGGAAGUCGUCGUCUUUCUCAGCCAAAUGUGAUCCAGCAGAUUUAAAAGGAAGGCAUAUUAUGUCGGAACGGUUGUUGCUUUUUCUUUUCCAUACCGACCUCGAGAGUAGUUGGUGAAAGAUGUUAGUUGGCUAUAGCAGUAGCUCGGAUGAGGAAAGUGAUGGUGGUGGUGUGCAGGCAGACGCGGAUACAGACCAUAACACUUUUUCUCGAAAAUGUAAGCAAGACCGAGACAACACUGAUGGCCCAAUGAAAAAGGUGCCUAAAAUUGAGAAAGUAUCUCCUACACCAAGGCUCCCUCUCCCUGGUUGUUUGCUUUCCAUGUUCCCACAAGGUGUGGAUACACAGACUGAGGACAGCUCUUUGCAUGAUGGCCGUAUACGUUCCUUUAAACAUGAGAGAGGAAAUUGGGCAACAUAUGUUUAUUUCCCAUACAAACCUGAAGAGGAAUUUGGGGAGUUCAUGGAGUCGCUUCUUUCAACUGCAGCUGCCUUUGGUGUGGUUUUGACGCCUCAGGAGGAAUUUCAUCUCAGCCUGUCUCAGACAGUGAUCCUGAGACACCACUGGAUCCAGCCCUUCAUACAGGGUCUCAAGGCAGGCCUGGCCCCCUGCAAAAGAUUUGUGUGCUCCGCACCAAGACUGAAUGUCUAUAACAAUGCUGAGAAGACAAGAACCUUCUUAGGGAUGGAGGUUGUAACUGGCCAUGCCGAGUUAAUAAAUUUGGUCCGGGUGGUGGACAGAACGUUGAAAGACUAUCGGCUGGACACUUUUUAUCAGGAUCCAUCAUUCCACGUUAGCCUGGCUUGGUGUGUUGGGGACUUCAGUACGCAAUUGAGGAAAUGCCUUCAUGAGCUUCAGAAUUUGGUCGAUAACCAUGAAGGGGAACCAUAUCAUCUGUGUUUGGAUUGUGCAGAGUUACGCUGCCGCACAGGAAACAAGACCUUCCGCUUCCCCCUGUGUGGUUAAAACUGGAUGUUACAGUAUAUCAUGGCAAAUGAAGUAUCAUGGGUAAUCCAGGGAGUCCUCAUUUUAUGGUCUUGAUCUGUGAAAUUUUGAGGUUACGUACGACAUGCAAUUGUUUCAAUUGAAUAGGCAAUUACAGUAUGCUCAAUUACUGCCAUACUUUUCCCUUUUGAGAAUGUUAUACAGAUGGUUUACAUACACAUAUUUACUCUAAUGACUGCAGAAAGACCCUCUAUAAUGUGGGGUGAAAAAAUAAAUGGAAUGGCAUGUCCAACAUACAUAAUCUGAUCAUGAAUUAAAAUGAUGUCUAUUUUUAGGUCAUUUGCCUUAGUGACCUUAGAAAGGACAAUCCAUGUUCACACACAUUCCCACCGAAUUACUGAUGGAUGCCAAUCAAUGUGACAUUUUCAACUUUUUGCAAAGUAUGAGCUAAAUGCCUGUUUGGCAAAUAGAUAUGCAACUACCCUUGAACUACACAUGAUUGAUGCUUUUUGUGAGUUUUUUUCAAAUACAUUUUUGUUUUCAACUUA